AUUUGAUACCGCGGGAAACGCAAGUCCGCCAACAAACUGAGUUGAAAGAAAGUUCAACUUCGCAAGUAAAAAUAACUAGAGAAAUAUCGAUACGUAUAGUUUGUUCAUAAGCCACUCAUUCUAAAAAAUGGUAAGAACAAAAGCAGACGGCGGUGGAGGCGGUUCAGCAACGAGGAAAGCUGUGGCAGCACGAGCACCAAGAAAAGCUCUGGGUAGUGCUGCUAGUUCCAGUAGUGCUGAUGGUUCUUCACCUGCAAGUAGUAAAUAUGCAGGAGGAAACCCAGUUUGUGUACGACCCACUCCAGAUUGGCAGAGAGACAUAACUAAGUUUUUUAAAACAGGACCAGGAGAUAAAAAAGAAAAGGUUGAUAAAGAAAAUUCUGCUCCUGUUGAUGAUGACAUAACAGAAAUAGUUGAUGAAUCUAUUGCUGGUGGUUCAGGAUCAGCCAGUAAGAGUUGAAAUAUGGCCAUGGUUCAAGAGAAUUAAGUUUCAAAAUUGUGCUUCUAUUACAUUAAUGACUUUGAUAGGACAAUUUGUGCAGUGUUUUCAAUAUACCCAAUUGUGGUUAUGCUGUAUUCGUUACCUCUUAGUAAAGUGGGAAGUUAGAUAAUUUGCAAAAAAGGUUAAUAACCAUAUGACAUGUUUGAAUGUGGCAGGCUGUAAUAUAGAAUGUCUAAUUGUGCCCUUGAGUACCAUGGAGUUGUUUGAAUUUAAACAUUUGAUGACAAUAUUUUAUUAACCAUAAUGCAUUAUAAUAUUCUUUGUACAUACCAUCUCAUCAAUUACAUUGAAAUAAACUCUCAUAUUUUUGAAAACUUUUAUUAAACUAAAGUAUAUGUACAAAUUGGAGGUAUGUACCCAAUUCCAUUAACUAAAAUGAAGCUUAUACUUAUCCUAGAUAAAUUAAAAAAAUUUGUUGAUACAUC